AUGACUAUCGGCGUAGCCCUCAUCGGUAGCGGCAUCUUUGCCAAAGAAGAGCAUCUCCCCGCCAUCCAGGCGACUUCAGUGUUGAGUUUGAAAGCAGUGUAUUCUCGCUCACUCAAGUCUGCACGGACGCUUUCUGAAAACCUUGAGAAUGUGGAGUUGUAUAGCGACGAUCAAGAAGGAAAAACGUUUGAGGACUUGUUGAAGAGGGAGGAUAUUACGGGUGUUAUCAUUGCUCUACCAAUCCUUGUUCAGCCAGAUUUCAUCAAAAAGGCUAUCGGUGCAAGAAAAUACGUGCUUGCCGAGAAACCAAUUGCAAAGGACACCCAGACGGCGGAAGAACUGCUUCAGUGGAUAAAAAAGCACGGCAAGCCCGGACAAUAUGCGGUGGCAGAGAACUUUCGAUUUCUCCCCAGCUUCCACCACGCCUCCCAGCAGAUAUCUUCACUCGGCCGCAUUCUAUCUUUCCGGGCACGUGUUACCAAUCUAGUCCAACCCGGCGGGAAGUACUUUGAAACCGCGUGGCGAAAAACACCAGAGUACCAGGGUGGCUUCCUCCUCGACGGGGGAGUACAUUUCGUCGCCGGUCUAAGGCUGAUGUUAGCAGGCAGCGGGAACAAGAUGAAGACGAUCAGUGCGUUCUCAGCACAACUGCAAGAACAUCUUCCACCUGUCGAUACUUUCAAUUCAAUCAUACAGAUCGAUAGCGGAUCAUCUGGAACUUUGACAAUCUCCUUUGGCACGACAGAUGGGGGCAGCGAGUAUUUUGUUGCCUGUGAGAAAGGGACUGUGCAGGUUUUACGCGGAAAGGUUGUGGUUAAAAAAGAUGGAAAGGAGGAAACACAAGACUUUCCUGAUGAAGGAAGUGGUGUUAAGCAAGAGGUCAAGGCGUGGGCGGAAAGUCUGGAACAGGGAAAGAGCAAUGAGAUGCAAAGCCCUGAAGAGGCGUUGAACGACUUGAGAGUCCUGGAGGCGUGCUUAAGAAGCGGAGAGCAGGGUGGGAAGCCUGUAGAAGUGCAACAGUGA